CUCUCGGCGGGUUGGGCUGAUUUCGCCGAGAUUUCGGCUGGGGGCAGCCGUAGCCGCGCGAGCCUCGGGGAAACGAAAGUGGAAAGUGAUAGUGCUUCCCGUCGGCUGCGCUCAGCUGGAGGAGAAGGUUGUCACGGCUUCUUCCCGGGGAGAAACUGUUGAUUCCAGAGCUUCUGCUGCUUCGAUUGUAAUAUGUCUCUUGACUCACGUACAUGCAUGGCAAAACUUAAUGAACAUUGUCAGAAGAACCUUUUAAAAUUGGAGUACAAAGAUAUUGAUAUCACAGGCCCACCUCAUGAUCGUGUAUUCACUAUAGCAGUUGUCAUUGGCAAGGUCCAAUAUAAAUCUGCCAGUGCUAAAACCAAGAAAGAAGCAAGAGCUUUGGCAGCUGUAUUAGCCUGGAAUACCAUACAAGAGCAAAAAAAGGGAGAACUGGCUUCAUGUGAGCAGCACAAGGAGUCAACGUUAUCCCCGCUUUCUCCAAGUUUUCCUGAAUUUACAUCGUCAAAUUCAAUUAACUAUGUUUCUUGGCUUAAUGAGUAUGCAUUAAAGAACAAAGUGGGUGUUCAGUAUAACCUGAUAUAAACUGGAUUGGAACAUAAACCAGUCUUUUCUUAUACAUGUCAGAUUGGUGAUAAAGAAUUUGAUGUUGGAAGAGGAAAUAAAGUUCAAGUAGCCAGACUUGAAGCAGCCAAACUAGCAUAUGAAAAAUUGGACAGCUCAUCAACUUUCAGAGCAGAAGAACAUGCUAACUCGCUCGGUGAUUCUUCAGAUAUGACAUCUAGUAGUAGUCAAGGACUGUGGAGUGAAGCAUCUGGGAGCAGUACCGAUUUGGAUUCAGAACUGAAGAAGACAUCUGACACAUUUACUGAAGAUGCCGAUGACAUUCAGCUAAAUGAAAUUUCACCUUUUCAUAACCUUGUCAGUCCACUCAGUCAAUCUAUGAAACCUAAAAGGUAUAAAGAAACACCCUUGGCUGCAAGAUUUUCAAAGCUGUGUACAAGAACAAAUAAAUUCACCAAAAAUGAAAGAUUUCUUAAAGACUUUGAUGAUAUAGAGAAAAUUGGUUCUGGUGGUUUUGGAAAUGUUUUCAAGGGAAAGAAUACCAUUGAUAAUAGAUUAUGUGCAAUCAAACGCAUCCGACUUUCUGGCAAAGAAGAUGAAGGAGAAAGAGAAGUAAAAGCAUUGGCAGCGCUGGAUCACCUAUACAUUGUUAAAUAUUAUUAUUGUUGGAUUGGAAAAGACAUUUUCCAAUUUCCUGAUACUAGUGAAACCAGCGAAAAGCAAUAUGACUGCUUCUUCAUUAGUAUGGAAUUUGUAAAGGGAAAUCUAUCAGAUUGGUUAUAUCAAAAACGGGAUUCUUGUAAAGAUGAAUCUAUAUUUCUAUUUCAACAAAUAGUGGAAGGAGUGAAAUAUAUUCAUUCUAAGGAUUUAAUUCAUAGAGACCUCAAGCCUCUAAAUAUAUUUUUUGAUAGUGAAAAUCACAUAAAAAUAGGUGAUUUUGGAUUGGUAACAUCAGGUGUAAAUGAUGUUUCAGUAGAACGGACAAUGAACAAGGGAACUAGGAGUUACAUGGCACCUGAGCAGGGAGGGUGCAAUUAUGGCAAUGAAGUAGAUCUCUCAUUAGGAUUGAUUUUUUAUGAAAUGCUUUUUCCAUUUUCAAGUUGCCAUCAGAAAGAUAAGGAAUGGCCCCAAAUUAAAGAAGGCAAUCUUCCAGAAGAAUUCACCGAGGCGUUUUCAAGAGAGGCUUCUCUAAUUAAGAAACUGCUUUCCAAAGAGCGAAAUCAAAGACCAUCAGCAGCUGUUAUUUUGAAAAUCCUAAAAAACCAACCUUGUAAACUACAUACUUAUUAGCGAAUUUGUCAAAAGCGCAGGUUUUUGGUUCAUGUUUCUUUUGCUUUUCCUGAUGCCUGAAAUCAAUGUGAAUACAAAUACUACGAGACGCAUUUAGAUGUGAAGGAUUAGGUUUGCUCCUUAUGCCUUGCUAUAUUUGGGCUCUCCCGAGAAGUCAAAGAAUGCAAAGAACUUCAGUGAAAUGGAAAGAUCUAAUGGAAAUGGAAAGAGUGCCUUUUGUGAACUUUGCGAGAUCUCAUCCUGUGUCCCAACACAUAAUGGCAAUCUGAUGUAUCUGGAUUUUUUUUUUACAAAGAGUUUUAAUGUGCCAUUCCAAUACUUUCAAUAUACUGUUAAGUUUAAUAUUGCCUAGGGAACUUAAUACUCUUCUUCUAACUCAUGGAACUAAUUGUAAUCAAGUGUUAGUUGCUAUCUUUUGCUUUGUGAAAGAUAGUACUAUGCGAUUAAUCUACAGUUUUAUGACAGAGUAUUUACUUCCUUUCAGAUUUUUUUUUGAAUCUUUGUAAAUGAAUGCUAUUGAAGCUUCAAAUAGAUACUACAGUACUGAUUUAUAGAUGAUAUGGUUUGGUUUCUUUUGCAGAACUGUAGAUGUACAUCCAUAAAUCAACCUUUUAACGUGCAAUGCAUAUUUGGGCAACUGUUUUGGAAGUACAAGAAUGCAUUUAAUUACACUUAGCUUUCAUUUACCUUAAAAUCAAGAACACCAGCAUUACAAGAGUAAUGCAUGUAACAGUGCUUAUAAUUAUGUUGUUUCUAAAACAGAUUUAUAGAAUACAAUCUAAUAUGCUAUCUUCCAUUUGUGUUUUGAUAGUUUAAGAGCUGCGGUGGUGCAGUGGUUAGAAUGCAAUAUUGCAGACUACUUCUGCUGACUGCCAGUUGCCAGCAGUUCGAUU